UUGACGCUAAUAUCUUUGUGGGUUCAAUGGUUAAAGACAUUGAAGAGAUGAAGCUGAAAGUAGAUGCUCUUGAAUCCAAUUUAAAACAGGCUGAUUCAACCAUUUUGAAACUAAUGGAGGAGUGGUCUAUAAGCUCCAAACAUAGACAAAGUUUGCAACAUGAGCUGGCAGAACUGAGAACGAAGAAGAUAGUGAAAGAAGUGCACAUUGGGUUCCCUCUGCUGUAUGUAUGCAUUGUGGCAUUCAUCAACAUUGUUAUUGGGUAUUGUGUGCACUUGACUGCUGGGUUCGGUUGUCGUUAUAUCAUAUCAAUCAAGUGUGCAGUCGAACAUAUAGACGAAGAAGGGAAAGAGAUUAGUUAG